AUUGCCAAUACCCUUGUUUUCUGAUCCUCAAGAAGUCCGAAGAAACAUAUUCCAUUCAACGAAAAACAAAAGAGAAGCAAACAAUUUUUCAAUAAAAAGCAGAAAAUCAAAGGAAGAAGAAGAAAUUCUGUACAAUGGCGGAAAAUAGAAAAGAAUACAACUUGGAUGCAAAAUGGGAUGCUUGUCUUGAUCUCUCCCUUCGUCGCUUCGUUUAUUCCUCCCUUACUGGCGCUUUUACUGGCCUCCUCCUUUUCCGAAGUCCUGUGACUCGUUGGGCCUCUGUGGCUUUUGGUGCUGGAGUAGGUCUCGGAUCUGCUUACACAGACUGCUCCAGAUUAUUUGAUAGUCCUGCAGAAAGUUUGGGGGCAUCUUUUGUUUCUGAUGUUCCUGUUUCCCAGGAUGCCCAAGAAUGACUCCGGAGUCGCAUUACAUAUAUGGAAGAAUCAGUGAGGGUGGCUUGUUACUUCACUUCAUUUCACUCUUUUUUAAUAUUCCAAUUGUAGUACCUAAAAUUGUUUUGAUGGGUCAUUGUAUUUGUACCCCUAAUGUACUGCAAAUUUUAUCAUGAAACUAUUCCUUUUGUGUUGUAAUCUUACUAAUGAUUUGGAGUUCCAAUCAAGAGAAUGGAAAUUGGAAAAAAAGGGAGAAAUAAGAUCUUAUAGCUUAUUUGCUCGGA